AUGCAAAAGGCAAGGGCCCUAAAGUAUUUAGUGCUCUGCGAACAAGUGCUGAUCCCAGCCAUACCAACGGUUUUACGAGACCAUGAACAACUUGGUGCAGAAGUUAUUGGCAGGCUACGGUAUACCAGAGAGCCUAAUUUGGUACUUUUAGCUGAGAACAGUCAUUUCCUGAACACUCUGGUAGAGCAGGCAAUGACCUGGGUAGACAACUAUACUCGGCAACCAUUGCUGGUUCCAUUAUCAUGCUGGAUAGCUCCACCAAUAAUGAAAAAAUGCAGGACUUUUACCAUCAAGGUUAGUACAAGUUCCCCUUUGGGGAUUACUUUUAAAAGAAUUUUAAAGGAUUGGAAACCCGGCCAAACAGUGCUCGCUCCGACCUUCAACCAUCAGCAUGUUCUUAUUUCUGGCAAUCAGUCAGCUGUUGGUGUGAUCUAUAUGUACCAUAUUGCAGCUCAGUCUCUUAUGACAACUUUCAAUGGUAGGCAUACUGCAAAUGUAACAUCGUUGUGUAGUAGUACAAGCGGUUCAUUCUUCGUCAGCACCUCGGUGGACAAGACAGUUCGGAUAUGGAGCCUUAUGAAUGUGAGCAAAGGCGAUUGUCUUCAAGUGCUGACUCCUCAUACCCACAAAAUCACUUGUAGUAUUUUGGCUAGUGAUGAUUCAUUCUUGGUCACCGGCUCAGCUGAUUCAUCAGCUAAGAAGUUUUCUUGCACAAAACGGUCAAUUAAACCGCACGUCUCGUGCAUUGUCUAG